AUCCCUCAUGCCAACAUUGUAAUUGUAUGCGACAAAAUAGACAAAAAGACAUAAACAUAAAAAUGCUAAUACUCUAGCAUCUCAUAGUAUAUAUAUUCAUACCAAUCUCUUGUACAAGUGAUUUGUCAAGUGUUUACAAAAGCUUAUUAAUAAGAAUGACUGGUGGCAAAGGCGGUGGUGGCGGUGGCGGAAAAGGCAGUGGUGGAGGUUGCGGAAAGGGUGGUGGUGGAGGUGGCGUCAAGGGAGGUGGUGGAGGCAACAUGAGCAGUGGUGGGGGUGGCAAGGGGGGUGGUGGUGGUGGGAAGAGUGCUAGUGGCGGUGGCAAGGGUGGUGGAACGGGGUCGACGAGUGGUAAAAUUAGUGGAGGCUCGAACUACAUGAAGGCUCCGGGUGGCGGUGGAGGUUAUAUCUCAAGGACAGGGUUUGAAAGCAAUCCAAAAGGUUAUUUCGAUGGGCUACAUGGUGCUUCAAAGGGUACAUAAGUCUUGUUUAUGUUAGGUAUCCGUAUUACGUUCUCGUUUUAUGAGUAAUAUAAAUAAAAAUGUAAUUUUCAGCUUUUAGUUCCUACUUUUCC